GAAAGCGGCCGCGGACAUAAUAACUGUGGCGGGCCAACCGGUCAGCGAGCCAGCCGACGUUCUGCCCGCGAAAACCGCGUUCCUUUCCUUUCUCGCCGGCGCGAGUCCAGCUUCGACCAUGUUCCACGAAAGUGUAGCAAACAUGGCGCGUUUUCCAAUCGUUGAAACGUGACUUGCCUUGCCUUAAAAUCGAAAAAAACAUGGAUACAGUAAUAACGACGUGGUGAACGAGACGAGGAAAGGAAUAAGUAAAUUUUUUUGGUGUUCAUCGAUGAGUGAUAACCGGAUACAGUGAUAAUAAUAGCCGACGAUUCUGGUCGGUGAUCGAACAGGAAUCCGUGAACGAUCGAUGCAUCGACGCUUUCAGAGAAGCGGUGGCGGGCCUUAAACACGAGGAGGGAGGUGUUUCCGAAGGAGAUGCGCGGCGAAGGGUGUUGCGCGAGGGGAGAUUGCGCGAGGAAACAGCUGGCCUCCGCGGAAUGUUGACCCAGUGAUCGGUGCCGCCCGUCGCGUGCGUGUGUGUGUGUGCCGAUUUGACAUUGAGCGGGGUGGGGAGGGGACGAGAAGUGCGGGCGAAAAAUGCGAAACGGCGGCCAGGCGCAGCAAACGGCGGUGAUGGCGCCGCCCCACUUGAACGGUUCCGCGCAGUUCGUUUCCGGUGGUUACGCGGGCUACGCGCCCCGCCAAUCGUGGGGCCAGCAUUUCCAAGGGGCCCAGCAUCCAAGGAACGCGGCCAGGCCUCUCUCGCAUCCGCCCCCGCCGCCCUCCAGAAGGGGGGACAGUCAAAGAUCUUCCGGAAAUGGAUCCUCCAUUCCUAAGAGCGCGCCUCUUCUGCAUUCCUCCAAGCCUGGAACGCACAGGAGUACCACACCCUCGAAGGUGGACCCCGAGCUGAUAUUCACGAAACAAGAACGAAUUGGGAAGGGUAGUUUCGGAGAGGUGUUCAAAGGCAUCGACAAUAGGACCCAGCAGGUUGUCGCCAUCAAGAUCAUCGAUCUCGAGGAGGCGGAGGAUGAGAUCGAGGAUAUACAGCAGGAGAUCAUGGUGCUGUCUCAAUGCGACAGCCCAUACGUCACCAAGUAUUACGGGUCCUAUCUCAAGGGAACGAAACUAUGGAUUAUUAUGGAGUACUUGGGUGGCGGCUCGGCCCUGGACUUGAUGAAGGCCGGUAACUUCGAGGAAAUGCAUAUCGCGGUGAUAUUGCGCGAGGUGCUCAAAGGGUUGGAUUAUCUUCACAGCGAACGGAAGCUCCAUCGCGAUAUUAAAGCGGCGAACGUUUUGCUGAGCGAGAUGGGCGACGUCAAGUUGGCCGAUUUUGGCGUUGCCGGACAGUUGACCAACACGACCAGCAAACGGAACACUUUCGUCGGGACGCCGUUCUGGAUGGCACCGGAAGUCAUCAAGCAAGCUUCCUACGAUUCCAAGGCUGACAUUUGGUCGCUAGGCAUCACGGCGAUCGAAUUGGCCAAGGGAGAACCGCCGAACAGCGAGCUGCAUCCUAUGAGGGUCCUGUUUCUCAUACCGAAGAACAAUCCGCCCCAAUUAACCGGAAAUUAUACCAAGCAAUUCAAGGAGUUCGUCGAGGCCUGCCUCAACAAGGACCCUGAAAACAGGCCGACGGCGAAAGAACUAUUGAAGUUCCAGUUCAUCAGGAAGGCGAAGAAAAACUCGUACCUGAUCGACCUCAUAGACAGAUACAAAAAGUGGAAGUCGCAGAGAAGCGAGGAAUCCGAGACGGAGAGCGAAAAUUCGGACUCGGAAGAGUCGAAGCAGGAUAGCGACAUGGACGAUCCAUGGAUAAUGACGGUGAAAGGUCCACACGUGGUCAAAGGUCCCGUGGUUCCUAUGCUGCCGUUGGACGAGCAGCCACCCUCGUUGACCCUCACACACACGCCGAAUCACAGAUCGGCGAAUCACAAUCAACAAGCGAAGCCACACGCGAACGGUACCUCGAGAUCUCCGCCAAACGAUUCCACGUUGAAUCAUUACAGGAGCGAGUCGAGGGAUUCGGUUCGCGAUGGCCAAGCGAAGCAUACGCCGUCCCGACCGCACGAGGCUGCGCCACCGCCGCCCGUGGACACGCGAGAAAAACGAGAGGACUACCGGGAUUUCAAUCGGGAUUCCUCGUUGAGGGAAUUGAAGGAGAUGCGCGAGAGCAGGGAGAGCAGGGACAGGGAGCGGGACAGAGAAGGGCGGGAAAGGGAAAGAGACAGAGAAAGGGAGUUUAGCGCGAAAGAGAAGAGGAACAGUAAACCGGACGUACCUGUCGUACCUAUGGUGGACCAUAGGCCCGGUGAAGACAAGCAGAGGCCAAGGAGCUCGCAGGAACUGAAGCAUUCUCGAAGCGCGGCCCUUUCCGGUGUUGUUUUACCUCUCCUGUCCGAGCUUCAAAGGAAACAUCAAUAUUCGGCAAGAGACAAUAAUGGUGAAGGCGGAAGCGGCAUUGGCAAGAACGGAGGCGCGAUAGAGGAACUGCGCAGCGCGUUCGAAACAGCGGAACGCACCUCGCCGGGAAUGACCGAGGCCCUUAUCAGGGAACUCCUCAAGUCUUUACUUCCUGCCAAUCAUUCGGAGGGUUGCCUGUUCAUGCUGAUGGAAAAAGUUAUCCUGAGGGAUACGUAGGGACGCGAGAGAGCGAGGGUUCGCAAGAGAUUGUGGUCCGAAAACAUCCUGACAUUGUAACGAUUCGUUAUUAUCUCGUUAUUAUAUCAGAGUAAUUAUUGAUCGUAAUGAUGCCGGUACACGUGUUGUUGACGAUUACCGGAUCCGAACGUAAGAGAAGAAGGGUAGAUAGAUGAAGAGAAAACAGUCGCUGCAACAGCCCGGAUAUUUUCUUUCCCCUCGGUCUGCAGAGAGAGAGACUAGGCUCGACAACAAAAGCUCGUCAAAUUGUAACUUUUAAUCCGAUUAUCCCGUUUCCGUGUCCAAUUCAACGCGAAGUGCUCGUUAGAUAGAGAGAUAAAAAUAUUAAUAUAGCGACAUAUUUUAUCGCGCGAAAUUCACACAUUUUAGAGAGCGAUAAUAUCGAUUUAUUUCCGUUCGAGAGCAGAGCAGAAGUUUAGAGAUUUAUCUACUACAGUAAAAAAAAAAAAAAAAGAAGAAGAAAAAAAAGGAAAAAAAAAGGAAAAAAGGAAAACAAAAAGAAAAGAAAAAAAAAAGAAGAGAAAAUUAUACCAUCCAAUUACCCUCGCGCGAGGGUAACAGUUACCGUUAAUUCUUAAAAAAAAAAAAAAAAAAAAAAAGAUAUUAGUCCCCCGAUCGUUAAAAGUUAGUAUUUGGAAAAAAUUAAGUAAAAAAAAAAAAUAAAAAAUAAAUAAAUAAAUAAAAAAAAAACAAAAAAGGAACGGAAAAAACCAAAAAAAAAAAAAAGAGCAAGAAAAAAAUGUAGGAAAUAGUUGAAAAAUAUUUUUGCAAAUCGUGCAACCACCCGUUCAGAAUUCUUUGUACGUUCUUCGUGUUCGGUAUCGACGCAACCUUUAAAGAGCGGAUGAUAUAACGUAUAGGUACAACGGUGGUCCGAUGGAUGGUGAAAGGGUAGUUUCGUUUUGAAGGGAUCUUGCCUCAAUUGUAGAUACGUCCGGAACAUGCACUAUCCUGUUUAUACCAUAUUCGAUAGAAUAUCGUGGCCGUGGUUGCGAAUUUCUUUCGAGUUGAUGGAUGAUUCGCGAGUUCGAAUCACGAGGAUUUGUUGUUUUUAUUGUUGUCGCGGUUGUUGCAACGAUGAUAUACGAAGAUAUUUAUUUUUAACCGAAAGAUUCGAAAUUCGAUUCGAGGUUAAUCAGUUAAUCGAACAAAAAUUAACACGAGGGGGGAAAAAAAAAAGAAGAAGAAAAAGCCUGUCCUUUCGAUCGAACGCCUCCUUCCCGUUCGUUGCUUCCUUCACGCGCGCUAGUGCAUGUUUCGGAUUCAGGAAACGUAAUCGAAGGAAGGGAGGAAACGCCUCCGUGCCACAGGGGGCUUUGUAAAUAUGUAUGUAGCACGAUAAGAUAGUCUUAUUGUUCUAAUGAUCGACGUCUCUGCCAGUCGGUUGCGCAGCUCCGUUAACGCGAUCCCAUCGUUAUUUACCAUGAUAUUUCUAAUACUAUUUUCCGUAAUUAAUAAACGAAGUAGAAGGGGGGAAAAGUGAGGGGGUAAAAAAAAAAGGGAUAAAAGAGAAACAAACGAAGAAGAAGAAGAAAAGAAAAAAAAGAUAUGAUGCGUUUAUGACUGACGUCCGUAGCGUAACCCGGUUCAGGAGAAAUAACCGAUAUAAUAAUAAUAAUAAUAAGCGAUAUUCAUCGAGUAGUUCAUGCGAAGUGGUAGCGCGCGAACCACGCGAAAAAUGCGCUUUCUUUCUUUCUUUCUUUCUUUUUUUUUUUUUUUUCCCCUUUUUCUCUCGAGCUAGAGUUCUUCCACACUAGUUUCGCCCGGAUAGUAGAGUUCUCUUAGUCGAGCCGUUCCACGAUCGAGCCUGAGCUGUGAUAACUUCCGCGAGACGUCAUCACUUAAUCCACGUUGUUUGUAAACUAAUGUAUUUUAUAAAGUAUAUUAUAUUAUAUAUAGAAAGAGAGAGAGAAUGAGAGAGUGAGAGAGAGAGAAAGAGAAGUUUAAUAAACGAGGGGAAUCGUUGCGUUUACCCCGCAGGAUGGUAGCAAACGAACAAACCAUCGGGACAACGAUCGUUUAUUAUCAUUUUUUUUUUUUUUUCAUUCUACGUUCGCGUGCUAUCCUGCAUCGUGAAAGAUUGAAACAGAGAAAAGAAAAAAGAAAGGAAAAAAUGAAUAAGAGGUGAUAAGAGUGCGAGAGCGUGAGAGAAAGUGAAAGAGAGAGAGAGAGCAAGAGGACGCGUGCGUGGCAAACAAGAAUGAGUAAGAAAAGAGAGAUAAUUUUAAAAAAAGAAGAAAAAGAAGAAAAAGAAGAAGAAGAAAAAGAAGAGGAAAAAAAAAGAAGAAUAAAAUUUUAGCAUUUGCGCGAGGAAAUGAAACACUAGCGAAAUGAAAUUAUUAUUAACGAGAAUAUAGUAUUAAUUAUAUCAGAAAGUCGUGCAGAAAAAGAGAGACGACAGAGAGAGACCUAACUAUCGUAAGCCCGCAAUACAAUAUUACGUAGUUGCGUUUUAUUCCAGUCACCGAGGCUGUAAUUGGGAGAGAGUCGUAAACUCCUACGAUUAUUAUUAUUAUUAUUAUUAUAAUAUAACGUCGAUGACCGACGAGGACGACGACGACGACGACGAACGAGAUAAUUGUUAAUACGUGAACACCUCUGAUCUCCGCUCUACCACAACCCCUUUUGUUCUCUCUUUUUCGACUCGUUCUCCUGCCGCCUGUAAUGUUUCUUUGUUUUUUUCUUUUUUUUUUUUUUUUUCUCUCUCCAUUCUUUUUCCCGAACCGAACGGAAGGGGAGGAGACACGACACGCAGAAAUAGACACGUAGGAUGAUUUUACUAUUCUUAUUAGUUGAAUUACGUUAGUUUAAUAUCACUAUCACUCUAUUGUUAAUAUUAUAGAUUUAUUCGUCUUUAUUGUUGUUUCACCGUUGGGGUUAGGUUUUCUUUUCGAUGACUUUUACGACGGUCGCUACCCCCCCCCCCCCCCCCAGUCAUCCUCAUAAAGCUGCCAUAAACGCUUACCGGCUACGCUCUAAUAAAGAAUUCAGAAAACUCGAAAGGUUUCAACGAAUUAUCUUUCCGUAUCUCUCUUCUUCCGAUCCUUUUUUUUUUUUCUCUCUCUCGCAACGAACGACUCCCCCAAUAUCCAAUACAGAGAAAUGCGAGUUGAAUUGGUGAAUUCUGAUCAAGUCGUUAUCAACGGUUUUUUUUUUUAACUCUUUCCGAGCAAGUAUACGCGAGUAUACUUUUUUGAAUCGCGAAUAUCGAACGUAUGGCUGUGUAAGCAGUGUGUGUUUAAAUCGUCGGAGAUCUGAGGCGUGGCGGUCCUCCAAUUGUUUAAAUUGAUCAUUUGUUAUUAUUUUUAUUUAAAAAAAAAGAAAAAUUCUCGAAGGGGUGGUGCACCAUGUACUCGUGUUGUUUUUCAUAACGAUUAAUUUUUUUAAUUGUCUUUCUUUCUUUCUUUUUUUUUUUACUUUUUUUUCUCUCUCGAAAUUCAACAGCAAUAAAUUAGAUAGUGCGCUGUAGUCGUAUUAGUGAUAUUUAAAAGAAAAAAAAAAAAAAAGCAGGA